CCCGCCCCCUCCGCUCGCCCCGCCCUCCAUCCUCCGCGUCUACUUCCCAAGCCGGCCUCUCCUCAGCCUGCACUGCACCCUCCCGGCCUGGGACGUCGCUGUACGGGUCUCCUAGCUCCACCACUGACACCUCUAGCGCUCGGACAGGAGCGAAAGGCGGAGCGAGGUGGGGGGCGGAGUAGCCACGGUUUAGGGAAGGCAGCGGCGGUGGCGUAGGAGUCAGUGAUCCCGGCGCGAUGGCCGCCUCGGUGUUUUGCUGCCUGCGAUGCUGCAGAGACGGCGGGACUGGCCACAUCCCUCUGAAGGAAAUGCCGGCCGUGCAGCUGGACACGCAGCACAUGGGAACAGAUGUUGUCAUUGUAAAGAAUGGAAGAAGAAUAUGUGGGACAGGAGGUUGUUUAGCCAGCGCACCUUUACAUCAAAACAAAAGCUACUUUGAAUUUAAAAUCCAGUCUACAGGAAUCUGGGGUAUUGGUGUUGCAACUCAGAAAGUUAACUUGAAUCAGAUUCCUCUUGGCCGAGACGUGCACAGCCUAGUGAUGAGAAAUGAUGGAGCCCUGUACCACAACAAUGAAGAGAAAAAUAGGCUGCCUGCAAACAGCCUUCCACAGGAGGGAGAUGUGGUGGGCAUCACAUAUGACCAUGUAGAAUUGAAUGUAUAUUUGAAUGGGAAAAAUAUGCACUGUCCAGCAUCAGGUAUACGAGGGACAGUGUAUCCAGUUGUUUAUGUUGAUGACAGUGCAAUUUUGGAUUGCCAGUUCAGUGAAUUUUAUCAUACUCCUCCACCUGGUUUUGAAAAAAUAUUAUUUGAACAGCAGAUCUUCUGAAUGUAUUUGUUUUUGAAUCUUGUAUUUCUGCACUGUUAAAAGUGUUUACCAUUUAAUAAAGCUUUACCUGACCUAUAGAUGAAAAUAUAUUCUUAAGUAUAUGCCUGUUAAUGUUACCUAAGAAACCAGUAUACUUAAUAUACCACCCUGAAGUUGUGAUUUAAAAUACUUAUGUUUUGUGAUAUGAAAAUCAGCAAUUGGGGCGGUUAUUAAUUUUUAUUUAAAUAAAUAUAACUAUGGGUUUAAUUAACAGUAUUACAUGGUAGUAUAUGGAGAUAUUUAAAGAGAAAUCUUUCUUACAUAAAAUAUUUAUUGUGAAAGAGAUGUAGAAUUGGGUGGGGUUUUUUGGUCAUUCUGAUGUUUAGACCUCAUUAACUAUUUUAAAUCUGCA